AAGUACUCUGAUCUAUAGGACAUGACUUUUAACAAUUGAUUUAUCAAAAAAAGUUCCCUUCACAACUUACUUAAUUUGAAGAUUACGGAAUACUCUAUAGUAGAGUAUUGGAAACAACAAUAUUCUACAUUAAGACUGUUUCUAAAUAGGCUGGUAGUUGAAGUGUCAAUAUUGUCAUUUCCUCAAUCAACAUCAUUUAUUGCUUUAUAAAUGCCAACGACAAUAUGGAAAAUCGGAGUUCCACCUAGAAUCACUAUCUAUCACGAAUAAAAAAUAGCAUCGCGAUUGAACUCACACCAACUACAAUUUCACUAAACUUCCGACUUCUAAACUAUAUCAAUGCUUCUCUUAUCAAAUCUCAUAGCUAUAACUCAACUAUAAUUAUACCAUGCGAGGCAGCGCUUUCCCGCUGUCCACGUUUCAACACAAAUGCGGUAAAGUGCGACAUUAAUGCGACUUUGGCGUGGGAUCACCAGCGAUUAAGGAGGCAAGCGACGGGGAUCGAGACUCGCUCGAUUCGAGAAGCUUUGAUUCAACGAUCCCGACGGAAACUGAACGAAGCCUCAACGGGACGCGAGAUCCCUGGAUCGGGAUCAAUCGCGUAGGAGGGAAAUCUUCGCGAGAGUAAUUCCUCGAGCUCCCCUGCAUCUCGCGUCCACGUACGAGUCGAAGACUUGCGCGGGGGGAGGAGGAGUCACGGUGGCUCAGGUACGAAGAAAGGAGUCGAAACGGUGGCUCGGAACGGAGAUCGACACAAAGGCGAAUCGGAGCAUCGGGGCGUUAAGAGGACUCCGAGAUGACGGUAUCCUUCCGCAUACGGUUCUCUGUUGACUGAAGUGACUUAAGUCAACGCCGCGCGCACCUAUGGACUGGCACACCACGUUCGCCAGCAUGCGUCACAAGAGGGACGGAAAGAACGCGACGUUCGCGAGAGGGGGUGGCCAAAGGAUGAAGAAGGAGAGCCCCGAGCGAAAGAGUGAGACAUCCAAUGAGCAGCUGGAAGCGGAGCGAGAGAGUCCGGUGCGUGUAGCGGCGAAGGGUUUAAGUAUAAGGAUACCGAGGCAUGCGCCGUCCUAUCAUAUUGAUCUCGCCAUAGUAACGAUUCUCUCUUCUCCGGCGAUGUUGGCAUGCACUAUAGCAGCGGUACGAAGAGGGAAACCCGACGAGAACGGCGGAAGGGGGUUGUACCGCAUGGUAUACCAUGCCACCCAACGAUGCGCGGAUGUGGGCCGCACAGGGAUGAACGAGAACGACCGACGGGAGAAAGGGUAAACCGAGCGAGAUGGAAGCGUUGGUGGGAAGAGGAGGGAAACUCGCAGAGAGAGCCACCGACAGGGUGAAAAGGAGAGGAGAGACGUCAGUGGCGGUAGGCCACGCAGGGCGCUAGCGCCAAAGAGAGCCGAGGUGGCGAUACCGCGCGGCGCUGCAGCCAGACGAAAAUCAGUCCAGCGUUGGUCGCCGGCGAGGGCGCAUCUGACAACCCUGUGACAGGAUACGGGACAUCCGAGGAUAUUAGGGAAAUCGAACGUCCGCGAACAAGCGUUGAACCGGAAACUGGAUCGAGGGAGAAGGGAUGUCGACCGAGCUGGCGUCACGGUUCUGAUAGUCAGACGCGCUCCGAGAUUCGGCGAGGAUCGGGCGAAUCGGUUCGCGGAUUAGCUGUUUCGCGUUGUGACGCGUCGAAGAGCGCGAGUUGUCCGUGGUAUUGCGCGACGACUGCACCAUUUUCGAGGAGAAAAAAAAAAAGGGGGAACCGUAGCUCGGUGGAAGGAAUCAGUCGCUGGGCCAGGUCGAGAGUAACAACGAGCAAGCGAGAGAGAGAGACGAAGAAGAGAUGUCCUCGAUGCCAAACGACGAUGCCGCGCGAAGGCAAAACGUCAUCGGAGCUUAGUGCGUGCGGGGUUGUCGCGCGGGGACACGCUGCAGGUCCGCGGAGACUGUCACGUGCCCCUGAUAGAGAGAAAACGAUGCUAUUGGUGUGUUCGAGACACGCACGUUCGGGUGGACCCUGAGAAGACCGUAGGACGAACGGUCAAUUCUCGACUUCUUGGGAGUUCCGAGUGCCUACGAUACGAGUGGUACCGUUUCUGUCCGACGCGUCUGCAGCCACGUGCGAGGACAACCGAACGGUGAGGAGGCGGAGGAGGCGGAGAAGAAGCCGGUGGUGGCGGAGGUGGUGGUGAUCGAGGAAGGAGCUAGCCGCUCCGAUUCCUCAAUCGUGCAAACAUGAGACGUUGGACUUUGAUAGCGUUUAUAGCCCUGGCUGCAUUCGGGCUGGUAAAUGGCGGUUUACACGAGAAACGGCUGCUAAACGACCUGCUGGAUACGUACAACGUGCUGGAGCGUCCUGUGGGCAAUGAGUCCGACCCCCUCGUGUUGAGUUUCGGCCUUACACUUAUGCAAAUAAUCGACGUUGACGAGAAGAAUCAACUGCUCAUCACAAAUCUUUGGCUGAAAUUGGAGUGGAAUGACGUGAACAUGAGAUGGAACGUGUCGGAGUACGGGGGUGUGAGAGACCUCAGGAUCCCGCCACACAGACUUUGGAAACCUGACGUUCUCAUGUAUAACAGCGCGGAUGAGGGGUUCGACGGCACUUAUCCAACGAACGUCGUCGUCAAGGACAAUGGAACCUGCUUGUACGUACCGCCCGGUAUAUUCAAGAGCACUUGCAAGAUAGACAUUACUUGGUUCCCCUUUGACGAUCAACGCUGUGAAAUGAAAUUCGGCUCCUGGACGUACGACGGCUUCCAGUUGGACCUGCAACUGCAAGACGAGGCCGGCGGUGACAUCAGCAGUUUCAUCACUAACGGCGAGUGGGAUCUGUUAGGAGUGCCCGGAAAGAGGAACGAAAUUUACUAUAAUUGCUGCCCAGAACCGUACAUAGAUAUUACGUUCGUGGUCAUCAUUAGAAGGCGAACUCUUUACUAUUUCUUCAACUUGAUCGUGCCAUGCGUCCUGAUUGCUAGUAUGGCCGUUCUGGGAUUCACCUUGCCGCCAGACUCUGGCGAGAAGCUCUCUUUAGGGGUAACCAUUCUAUUGUCCCUCACUGUGUUCCUGAAUAUGGUCGCCGAGACAAUGCCAGCGACGUCGGAUGCCGUGCCACUAUUGGGGACGUAUUUCAACUGCAUCAUGUUCAUGGUGGCCAGCAGUGUUGUCAGCACCAUCCUUAUUUUGAAUUACCAUCACCGAAACUCUGAUACCCACGAAAUGUCCGAUUGGGUGAGAGUGAUAUUUCUUGACUGGCUGCCUUAUGUACUUUGUAUGUCACGACCGACUGAUAAAGAAGAGAAGGAGACGCAAAAGUCUCAGAAACCGUCUCCAGUCACCGGUAAUAUAGUGACACGAAAAAGCAUCGACACAAGUACUAGCAAGACAUACGGCGACCUGGAGCUUCAUCAGAGAAGCAGCAAGUCCCUCAUAGCGAACGUCCUGGACCUCGAGGACAACGCCUUGGCGUCCCACAAUAACCUCCUGAACAAUGUGUACAGUACACCUGGCCCCCACCACCACACGAUAGGCCAUGGGCACAGCCACAUACAUGCGACACCUCAUCAUCAUCACAGCCACGUUGCGACGCCGCAUCAUCAACACGCAACGCCAUUGGCGCACACCUCUUAUCCGGCGCACCAGAUCGGUCACACGCCGCAUCAUCAUCAACAUCCACCGGAAACGCCUGGUCCACAGGUCGAAACGAUACUUCAGAACGCGUGUUUUUGUGCCAGAUACGAGCUCAUCCUGAUCCUGAAAGAGAUCAAGAUAAUAACGGAUCAGCUGAAGGCGGACGAGUUGGACACGAAGGUGACGAACGACUGGAAGUUCGCGGCGAUGGUGAUCGACAGAAUGUGCCUAAUCAUUUUUACUCUGUUCACCAUCAUCGCUACCAUCACCGUCCUACUGACGGCGCCGCACAUCAUCGUCACGUGAUUCAAAAAACUCAGGCAGCCGCCGGAGGGUCGGAGGUCGACGAGGAUCGUGCACUGGCGCGGCGUUACGGUGCGGAUGACGACGAACACGACGAAGACCUCGCACGCGACGGACGUCACGGAUGCGUCGGAAACGACGGGCCAUCGCGAACGACGCCCAAAACGACGCAUCCACUCAUGGACGUUCGCCACGGGGUCACGCUUCAAGCUCGUGCGUUGUCACGUUUCGGGAGAUCUGCGCCGCGAUAGGAUGAAAACAAUGCGAAGAUUAUGCUCUUCGUUCUUUACGAUACUUAAGAAAUAUCUCAUCAUGUAGUUCAUUCCACGAGGACGCCUUAGCGAGACACGUUGAUAAUGCGCCUACAUGGAGGGCGUGGAAAGGAUACACACACACGUACACUCACAUGAAACACCGAUACGCGUGGCACGCGGAUGAUCAGGGUUGGGGAUCUUUGCGACUCUUUCGUUCGCUCGAGUUUGGUUUGAUUUUGUACUUUUGCUAAUGGCUGUCGAUGAAAUGUCUAGGUGUUGAUUAACUCAUAAUCCAAGGCGUGGAUCAGGGAACUGGUUGGUAUUUAUUAUAGAUUUACUCCACUGUACAAUUCGACAAUGACUUCGUAUUUAUUCCUGAACUGUUUCCAACUUAUCCUGAGUAAUUCGAAAGAGAACACUCAAGAAACAAUUACAUGUAUAUUUCGCAGUCAAAAGGAAUAUGUCACGCAUGACCAGAUACACUUCUAUCGAGAGCAAUAAAAUUAAAUUGACUUUGCCUCAGAAAUUCAUAGUAUCAGUCUAUUAUUUCAAAUGCACAAAGGUCUAUUGGUAAAACAAAAUGAGAAAUAUCCUUUCACAGACUUCUUCCACGAUGUCACACAUGUAUGUUCACCAGACUUAUUUUAUUCAUCUCGCAAUGCUAUAUAAGUUUGUUCCUAUUGAUCAUUCAAUUUAUUCUGUAUUUUUGUAUGAAUCGUUCCUUCCGCCCAGUUUUCAACCAAUAGGAUUAAUCACACCACUGAUUUUUUCCACUGACAAAGAAUCAUUCAAUCGCGUAGUGGAAAUCAAUGUAUUUACAAAAAAAAAAGAAAUUCCGCCUCCUGAACUCGCGAAAAAAAUAAUUCCGUUGAAACCCGAAAACCGUUUAUCUUUCUAGUUUGUUUCUGCAAUAGCUUGCAAUCGAGAUGCAAAUAGAACCGCGUGUAUAGGUGCGUCAUAUACACAAAUACACACGCACAUACACACACGUACAUACGCGCCCAAGCGCAAACUGAACACGAAAACACAGAGCACUGAGGACCGUCGAAGCGUUUGAAUUUGUUAAAGGAUAAAUCGAGUUUUCGGGACGCGGUCCACGGUCGCGAAACGAUUUUCCGUUUUGGCCCUGGUGUCCGUCCCAAAAACGAGAGAGCAUCUCAUAGGAAGGAGAGAGAGGGAGAGAUACAAACGAGAGAGCGAAUAGCUGAAGAAGGGUACACUGCUCCUUUUAUUGUGCUUAAAGAGAUAAAAAAAAAAACGAGACGAAACCGAAGCAAAACACGAUUAAGAGCAAAGCGCACACACAUUAAAUAAUUCCGAAAACCUGAAAAUGCAAAAAAAAAGAAGAAGAAGAAGAAAUGAAAAAUAAAAACGAGACGAGAGAGAGAGAGCGAGAGAGAGAGAGAGAGAG